AUGCAGUGGUUUCCCGGAGACGUGACGACGGCUAUCCAGGUUUCACGCAAGAAUCUAGCUUUGCUAAUUGUCUAUAUUACUACUGAUUCUGAAGACGGACGGAUUUUUGACGAGUUCUGGACCCAUAUCGAUACUUCCAAUCUUCUGUGUCCAGUCGUUGGAAUCAAGCUGGUAGCCGGUGAGACCGCUGCAGCUCAGUUUGCGGAUAUUUACCCUACUCCAAUCGUGCCAGCCGCAUAUCUUAUCGAUCAAAACGGGAAACCUUUGGAAGUCAUCACAACUCUCGUGGGCAAAACUUUCGACCAAUUUCGUUCGAAAUUCGACAAAGCAACGGCACAGUUUAUCAAUGGGUUUCCAAAGUCAGAAAAUCCUGUUUCUCAAUCAAACGUGAAUCGUCUUGCCUCCGCUCCAGCACCAGUGUCUGUCGCAAUCCAACCACCCAACACAUCAACAUCCCAAGAAAUGACUUCAGAGCUUGCCGAAAAAGUAGCUCGAGCAAAAGCCCUAUUGGAGCAGAAGAAACUGAAGGAUGCUGAAAAGAAGCGUGAAUCGGAUAAGCAAAUGAAGGAAGAACUGACGAAAGCACGAGAAGCGAAACAGGAUAGAGACGACAAAGCACUUAUGGAAGCAGCAAAACAGAGAAAAAAGGAGAAAAUGGAGACUGAAAAGGAAAAAGAACGAAUAUUGGCUCAAAUCAAGGCAGAUAGAGAAGACUCCAAAAAACGUUUUGGAAAGACGAGUAAUUCUUCAAACGAUGCCAGCAAGGCUGACUCGAAGGAAAACUCCGUAAUUGGGAAGGCAGUACCAUCGGAUAGGUGUCGUUUACAAGUCCGUCUUCCCGAUGGCUUUACUUUUGUGGAGGAGUUUCCAUCGAAUGAUGUUCUUAAUUCUCUCGUUGAAAUAAUUCGUCAAAAACCGUUUAUGUCCGGGACUAGUUUCGAAAUUCAGCAGCCAUAUCCACGCCGCGUCUUUAGCACCGAUGAUUAUUCGAAGACAUUUCUUGAGAAUCAACUGACCCCUUCUUGUGCUCUAGUUGUUGUACAAAAGUCAAGUGGUUCGUCUGGGCUCCGUCCCGGGUCAUUAUCUGUUACCACACCCAGUAUUCCAAUUUUUACAUGGUUACUGUACCCAUUUACGGCUGUUUGGGCCGUAGUUUGUAGCAUGUUCGGCUGGAAUCCUGAUAGCACAAAAUCGGAUAGCAAGAAAUCAGAAAACGGGUCAUCGAGUUCUGCAGGACAAGCUUCCCGACGAGGAAUGCCAAGAAGUGCUGAAGUUCGCAGACGCGGAAAUGUGGCGGGACUCGAAAACCCGAAUGACGACGACCCAGAAGAGCGAGCCAGUUUCAAUGGAAACUCUACCCAAUUCAUGUAA